UGUGUCUUGAGUUCUGAAAUUCCAGUAGAACUUUCGUAGACAAUAGUUUUCUGACGUCGGUCACUCAGCUUUAGAUCGAUUAGAAGUUCUAAAAUUUCGAACAUCAACGUCAAUAUCCUUUGUGUGAAAACUACGUGAAAAGACAACGCUUGCAAGGGGUGUUUUAAACAAAAGUCUUGCUUUGAAGUAAUAUGAGUAAUGUACCCAAUCAAAAUGGAUCAGGUCUAGAGCAGCAGUUUGCUGGUCUGGACUUGGAGAGCGGUCACCAGCCUUCCGGUGGUCGCUACGUGCCUCCACAUCUGCGAAACAAGGCUUUAGCAGCCAGCAAACAGAGCACAGAAUACAGCGGCAGCAGUAGUAGCAGUGGAGGUGGUGGCAGCUCAAGUUACCGGGGGCGCCGAAACGAUGGUUAUUCGAGUACCAGUAACCAAUGUGCCAAUGGUGAUGGCUGGGGAGAUAGUAGAGACUACAGGAGCUCCAGAGACGAUUGGGGACGCAGUGGUGGAAGAAGUUGGAAUGAUCGUGGUGUUGAACCACCUCUGGCCCGAAAUAAUCGCUGGCAAGAACCACCACCAUCACAGAGAACUUACAGAGAAAGUAGAGAUGGAGAUGGACGUGGAAGUGGAGGAGGGGGAGGUAGGUGGAAGGAUAGCCAUGGUUCCAGCACGGAUUGGACCAUCCCAACUUCCCGUGAUGAAAGGCUUGAACGUGAACUGUUCGGCACGGGAAACACAGGCAUUAAUUUCAACAAGUACGAAGACAUUCCCGUGGAGGCGACGGGUGAAGAUGUCCCACCUCACAUCAGCAGUUUUGAAGAGGUGCAGAUGACUGAAAUUAUCCAAAACAACAUUGCCCUUGCACGGUACGACAAGCCAACACCGGUGCAGAAAUAUGCUAUACCUAUAAUUAUGGCAGGAAGAGACCUGAUGGCAUGUGCACAGACAGGUUCUGGGAAGACAGCUGCUUUUAUGGUUCCCAUCCUAAAUCGCAUGUAUGAAUGUGGUCCACAGCAGAUGACUAUGAAUAACAGGUCAAUGUAUCGGCGCAAACAGUACCCAUUGGGACUUGUUUUGGCACCUACACGAGAACUGGCAACUCAGAUAUAUGAUGAAGCUCGAAAGUUUGCAUAUCGUUCAAGGCUUCGCCCAUGUGUAGUGUAUGGAGGUGCAAACGUUAGUGAGCAAGUUAGAGACCUGGAGAAAGAAUGUCAUUUAUUGGUUGCUACGCCUGGGCGCCUUGUAGAUAUGCUCGAAAGAGGAAAAAUAGGACUUGAUAACUGCAGGUUCUUAGUCCUUGAUGAAGCAGAUAGAAUGUUAGAUAUGGGAUUUGAACCGCAGAUACGCCGUAUUGUUGUUGAUAACCAGAUGCCUAAAACUGGAGAUAGGCAGACGCUCAUGUUUUCUGCCACAUUUCCUAAAGAAAUACAGAUGCUUGCCCGGGAUUUUCUGGACAAUUACAUUUUCCUAGCAGUUGGUCGCGUUGGUUCUACAUCUGAAAACAUUACCCAAAAAAUUUAUUGGGUUGCGGAAAAUGACAAGCGCUCAUUCUUGCUAGAUUUACUGAGUGUACCAUCAGCCACAGAUGCUUUAACACUUGUUUUCGUGGAGACUAAAAAAGGUGCAGAUGCUCUGGAGGAAUUCCUAUAUCGUCAGGGUUAUCCUGUAACCUCAAUACAUGGAGAUCGCACACAGCAUGAACGAGAAGAUGCUUUAAGAAGAUUUCGGUCUGGUCAAGCGCCAAUCCUUGUUGCAACUGCAGUUGCUGGAAGAGGUUUGGAUAUUCCUAACGUAAAACAUGUUAUCAACUUUGAUCUUCCAUCUGAUGUAGAAGAGUAUGUCCAUCGCAUUGGUCGCACGGGCCGAAUGGGAAACCUUGGUUUGGCAACAUCCUUCUUUAAUGAAAAGAACAAGAACCUGGUAAGAGAUUUGGUGGAAUUGAUACAGGAGACAAAACAAGAGUUACCAUCUUGGUUACAAUCCUUGGCUAGUGACUCAAGGAUGCCAUCGAGUGGAAGACGUGGUGGUAGUAAUAAACGGUUUGGUAGUGGAGGAUUUGGUGCUCGUGAUUAUCGUCAAACAAGUGGUGGCAAUCGUUCAGGUUCUUCAGGUGGUCGUUCUGGAGGCUACGGCUAUGGAGGAGACAGCCAUUCUGGAGGCUACUACAGCAGUGGCGGUGGUGGUUAUGGAAACACUUACUCAAACAGCAGCAGCAAUGGAGGUGGGGGAGGAGGUAGCAACAACCCAGACUGGUGGAAUUAACGUGAUGCACAGUGUCCCAUCUGCAUUGUCGGUAUUCAAUGUAUUAAGGGUCGGGUUCUCUUUAAGCUUGUCUGGAACCAUGAAGACAUUACAAUAAAAUCCUUUUUAUAAUAUUUCUUUGGCUCUUGUCCUGUUCAGAGAAGAAAAUUCAUAUACAUGUAUCUUUAAAAAAGUAUGAUGUUUGAAAAAUCUAGUUCUGCCCUGUCUGUUUCGUUAUUUUUGAUGUUUUGAUCUUGCUCUUAACUUAACAUCAGAAUAUUUAGUGUCUUUUUUUCCUGCAUUAUCAGUGGAUAGAACUUGUUUUAUAUGUUCCACUGGGACAUAAUAACAAAAAGAAAAAAAUUCAGAAUAGCACAGUUAAAUAGUUUUAUUUCGAUAAUAGUGUCUUUAUUGCUUCAAUGAAAACAAAGAUAGUGGUGUGUUUUUAACAGCAGCAGCCCCUACCUGCCAGAAUUCUAUGAGGGUAUGUCAGUAUGGCGAAAUUGAUAAAAUGAGGGAGAAUGUUUUAAUUCCAUCGUGGGUCAUUCUAUUUGAUAUUUCUUUUUAUCAGCAAGAAACAAAUUAAUUUUAAAAAGUAGCAUUUGUCUCGCAUAAGAAGACUCACUAAGAUGAACUGUUGGAAUUCGUGGUGUACUCGUGUACUUCUAAAAGUUUCCAUGGGAACCCAUGAAAUUUUAUUUUUCAUAAGUGAGACCACCUAUAAUAUGAGCUUUAAUAUAUAAAUAUUCCUAAUUAACUACAUAUUUACUUGUGUUAUUUGUGCAAUAUGUGUAGAGUUCGCAGAAGUGACUGAAGUGUGUCUGUUAUAAGGCCAUAGUGAAUCUCUGUGGUAAAGUUCUUGGUUAUUAUACUGUAGUCAGUGGAAUAGAUUUCCAUUACAAGUUUUUGCAAAUCACAACUCAUUUUAAAAAAAAAUUCAACCUUAUUCUUGAUAGAGCUCUCCGCUUGAUGUUCAAUUGUUGUUAGUUCCCAUUGCCUGAAAUCCUGCAGUUUUAUAUCUGUGUCAUAUGUACGUUCACUUGCACAUAAUAACCAAAUGUGGAUUGUUCAAACAAUGUUGUAUGUAGCCUAUAGUAGGCAUCUCAGUUUCCCCCCUGAAUGUGUGGAGUUAAACAUGCUUCUGUGAAAUAAGCGACUUGUAUUGUAGAGCAUGAAUUACACGUGAAUGCAAAUUAUAAUAAAUACUUCUGAUAUUAUCAGAAUUCUGGUAUAGUUAAAUACUUGGAUUUUCACUUUAAACUUCAUUUCAUACGUUUAAGGUUGGUGGCAUGUGAGGACUGGACCGUAUAAACUUAUUUAGACAGAGGAAAUGUACAUCCAUCUUGUUCAUUUAUUCUGGAGGCAGCUUAAGAUUUCUUUCCAGUACUGGGUGCUGUGACUAUUGCAACUUAUUAAAGUUUUGUAAAUGUAGUGGGGGAAAUGCGAACUUGGUUGCAAUGAUGCUUUUGUUGUGUACCACUAAUGAUUGUAACCCAGGAACAUGUUGGUAAAGAGAUUUUUAAAAAAAGAGCUGAACACUUCGGAAAUAUUACGUGAAACUGUAAAGGCAAAAAGGGGGCUGUUGCACUUCAAUUAAUCUAUAUUAAACUGUGAGCAUUGGUGUUACUCAUUUGUUGCUCAGUGUCAAUGGAAAAAACCUUAAUUCAUUAAUUAGUUGAUGUUAAAAACUUCAGUGUAAAUUGUAAUUUAGUGGAGUGUAUGCAACUUGUCAGGCAUAGUGUUUAGAAAAUUACUAUAGAUAUCUGGCUUAAGAUACUCUUGAUAAUAGCACAAUAUUUUUUUAAAAACUCCUUUGACGAGUAAAAACAUGAAAGUGGACAUAAAAAAUUGCUUUGGGGACAAGUUAGGCAUAUUAAAGGUGGUUUACUUGCUACAGUGUUAAAUUGCCUGUUGAGAAAAUAUUGUUGCCUAUAAUCCAAUUGUGUGUGCGUGUAUAUAUAUCAGCAUGAAUUGUAGUUUCACCGGAAGACAGACUUUAAAUAUGAUUUUGCUGUUAUGCAAACGGAAUUUUGAUCAAACUGUUAAAUGUAAUGUCUGCUCACUUCAGCAGUACAUAUAAAUUUCAAAAUAAUGAAAACAAAUGAAGUACCAUGUGACAAUUUUUAGUUUCCCUGCGAUUUAUUUUGCAUUUAUGGAAAUGAAUUGCCCUGUUGUGAAACUUUAAAUUUGUCUGAAGGAGUAGUGUUAUCAUUUACAACUUGAUAUGAAUGAUACUUCUCAGAGCUGAAUUUCAAAUAGUGAAAGGUAUCUGUUCUUGCAGUGGUGUGUUUGACCAGGGUGUUCAAUGUACUAAUUAUAUUGAAAUUAAUUAUACAAUUAUUUGAGCAAUUUACUUUUCUGAUAAAGUGUUCUUCACUGAUUGAGCAUGUAAGUAGAUUAUUGAUUGUGUUAGUACCUCUAUUUUAAAACUAUCAUCAGUAAUUCAAUUGAUUGUUCAGAAUAGAUAUUGGAGAUUAAUUAAAUGCAUUGUUCUACAAAUAACAUUUGUAAAGGAGCUUCUCGCACUUGCAGUAUUAAUUUUUAACACUGCAUUAUGAGACUUGCUUAGUUUUAGAUACAGUAUUUUUUUAAAGGUAAUAUUUUAUUAGUCUUUUUGUUGACUAGCGACUGUAACAUUUUUAAGCUGGAAGCGUGGUAAAGAGGUUUUAAUUUGUCGCCAUUUUAUCUUGUUUUUAAAGUUCUAACAGUGACUUUUUUUCGUUUUCUGUCUCUGUAUAUGUCAUUACUGCUAAAUAAUAAUCAAAAUUUAUGUACUGUAUUUUCUUGUUAAGUUAAUUCAAAAUUCUCAACAUGGGCUAUAGCAGUACCAUAUUGUUACUCUAUAUUUGUAAUGUUUUGCAAAUAAUCUGGUUUCUUAUAACUUUUGUAAAAACAUUCCACGGGCUGUAUUUUAAAUAUGAUUCAGUUGUGAAUGUCUUCAUUAAAUUAAGUUCUGAGCUGUUGGAAAUGUUCUCAGGGCUAUUAAAUUCUGAAUAGUGUUAAAAUAAGUUUUAUUCUGAUAGUGGUGAGCUCCCACAUAGCGUAAAGUCAUUAAGAGGGAUCCUUUUGAUGUAGUAAUACUGUGGUAACAGGCUAAUUCUGGAGAUACUUAUAAGAAGUAUUUUGAAAGGCUCAGUCCUGCUGUCUUGUGAGUUGAUCAUAAAAUGAGAUACGUAGUUCA